AUGGCAGACGAAGAAAAAGAGAAAGCUGAGAAGGUCGCCGCGGCCAAGAAGAGGUACGAGCAAUUGAAAAAACAGAAAGCAAAGAAAGCAGGUGGAGCCAAGAAGAAGGAAGAGAAGGCCGAGGCCACAGAAGCCGAGGCGUCUACCACAGCCGCCCCCGAGAAAUCCGAGGAGAGAACUGAAGAGCUUGCGCCAGAGCCUGUGGAGGCUACGAGCGCUUCUCCUGGGCCUAUCGAGGACGACGACGAGCCUGCGGAACUGCCCAAGGCGACACAAGGACAUGGGAGAAAGCCGUCGGUUGCGGUGGAGUCGAGACUAAGGUCUGCGAGCUUUUAUCAGGGUGGUUCUGGGGGCACGCCGACGUCGCCUACCGCUAUCACACCUGGAGGGGAUGUUUCCGGGGAUAUUUAUCGCAAGCAGGCGCAGAGGAUUGAGGAGCUGGAGAGGGAGAAUAAGAGAUUGGUUGGUGAAGUUGACGAGGGCGAGAGGAGGUGGAAGAAGGGAGAGGAGGAGUUAGAGGAGCUUCGGGAGGGCAGAGGGGAUGUUGCGCUUGCAGUGGAGAGGGGGCGAGAAGUUGACAAGCUGAAAUCAGAGGUCGAAUCCCUAAAACGUCAAUUAUCGCAUCUCCAAACGCAGUCCUCGAAAUCCUCUCGUCGAAUAUCUACGUCCUCUCCGAGCCAAUCUUCCUCUAUUGAUGACCUCAAUGCCCAGGUCGCGUCUAAGUCCACCACAAUUGAAUCCCUUGAGCUCGAAAUCUCGAACCUCCAUAAACAGGUCACGGACCAAACCAACAAGACCAGCACUCUGCAAACUCAAGUCUCUACGCUCGAGUCCUCGCUGCAAAAGGCGGAACAGGAAGCUAGUUCUACAAAGACAGAACUAUCGGAACUUAAAGCAAACCUAGAGAGGGCCAGUGAACGCGCCGUGAAGGAAGGCUCGUCCCGCAGUUCCGCAGAGACACGCAUCGCGCAGCUAGAAGCCGAACUUGGAGCUGCAAAUCGCAAAGCCUCCGACUCCAUUUCUCGCGCCGAGCUGCUCGAAAAGAAAGUCGAAACUCUGACCCAACUCCACCGCGACAACGACGCAAGAAACCAAACCCGGGUACAAGAACACAAGAAAGUCGAGCGCGAAGCAGCCGAACUUCGAACCCGCGUAACAGGCCUCAAUAAUGAGAACGCCCGUCUGCGAGAAGCGGAGCAGCGUCGCCGAAAAGCCGAUAUAUCUUCCAUCGACGACUCCGGAGUGCAGGAGCUUGUAGACGAGGAGCGGGAGAGACUCUUGGCCAAAGUGCGAGAACUGGAGGAAGAAAACUUCGAGCUCCGACGAGGGGUGUGGCGCGACCGUCGCCGCGACAUGCAACCUUCCAUUGAAGACCACGUUUCUCCUUCACAGUCUUAUGCCUCCCCCGGCUUCGACGAGGUUGAUCUCUCUGGCGGCCACCACCAUUCCCCGUCUCGCAACGCCCCCCGCACGGGCUCGACGCUUCAGGAUGUCAUCAACUCCGGCAUAUCUGCCUUCACGGGUCAACCGCUUCCGCACCGGAGAAGCGAUGCAGGUUCACAGCCUGGAAAGGGUAGUGUGGGGAGAGAGCGGUUGCAGAGUUUAGGUUCUUUGGACGAUUUCGAGUUUGAUGAAGAGGCAUUUAGAGCGGCGCAAGAGGAGGAGAAUAGGAAGAGGAUUGAGCGGGUCAGGGAGGUGAAGAGGGGGCUGAAAGAUUUCGUUGGGUGGAGAGGGGACUUUGUAGAUGUUAGGGCGGGAUGGGGUGGAGUUUUUGAAGUUUAG